GGAAACUAUCCGUGGAAGAAGUGGUGUGUUGGCAUUCUGGAGAAAUUUGGAUCAAAGUGCUACGAAACGGUCAAUUCCGUCGCCGUACGUGUCCACCUACCACAGCCAGGCUUUUCGCAAUGCAGAGUAACAUCUGCUGAGCGACACAUUUUAUCGACAAACAACAAGACUGCUGAGGAAGCGGGAUGGGGAAGAAGGAUGCCGGCACGACCAAACUGCCAGUCGAUCAAUACAGAAAGCAAAUUGGGAAGCAGGACUACAAGAAGACAAAGUCCGCCUUAAAGGCAACACGACUCAAAGCCGAGGCGAAGAAGGCUUCCUCUGUAUUCAGGGAUGCUUUUCUGGUCAUUGCGGCAAUCCUGUUCUUAGUGCUGUGUGUUUACGCCUUCUUCUACCUCAACCUGAGCACCGAGCUCAACCUGGACGUGGACAUGGAUUAAUAAGAGGAGGACACGAGAGCGAGGAGGAAAAGUGGAAGCGAUAGUCAUGUGACGACCGUGUCCUAAUGACCAUCUGCAUGGCUGCAUGUCGUACUUUAAGUCUGGGACUGGUAAACGCUUUGUUGUUGCUGACAAUGGUGAAUGAACCGUAAGAAAGAUGCCUCAAUAAUACAUCAAACUAUUCAUGUUUAUAAAUGCUUUUGUCUUCCAAGUCUUUCUAGCUAACCUAGAAAGAAGUUCUUAAAAGUCAGCGACCUCUUUUUUUUUUCUUUUCUUUUUUUUACACCCUGCUGCAAAAUCUACAUUCAGCGAAAGCAAACGAGCUUCUUUUUCCCCGACUAAUCCAAACUACAGUCAAGACUAAGCUCUGUUAAUCAUAUUCUGCGGAGUCACGUCCCACUGUUUUCCCCACUAAUAGAAAAAUGUAAAUCUCCCGCAGAAGCUCUCGUCACAUUGAGACAAACACUUGCCUCGCAUUCCAGUGCACAAACCCUCUCCUCGCGGAUAUCUGGAGAUCACAAAGUGUGAGAUUAGAAUCCACAAAGCCCUCGUCCUGAUUGAACGUGUGCGCGGAAUACAGAGCGACACAUUGCACCUGCCGCACACACGCGGCGAGAGAUCCGCUGCUUGCAUUUGAAUGGAAAUUAUGGAGAUGAAUGAUGACUGAAUAGAGGUGAGCCUACAUGCUUCUCGGAAGGAACACCUUGACGAUUUUCCACCUUGUUGUUGUCCUCCUAAGGAUGUAAUGUGUUUCUAUAGAAAGGAAUAUUAUAAGUUCGUCUGUGCUUCUUUUUUUCUAUUGCCGCGCUUCUUAUGCGCUAGGCCCGCGAGGUACAAGGACGGACCUUCUGUCAGCCGUUUCAGUCCAAGUGCUUCCACUGUGGGAGAGAUUAUUUCUUAGCAAAAGAGAACAGAGUCAAGGGCUCUUACUAUAGUCCACAUACAGAUGUAUUUUUUAUUUUUUUGUCGUCAUCACUUUCCAUAGCAAUGCUGUAGAGAAAUCCGCCUGAAAAUUUUACGUUGUGUAAUCCAUAAAAGGCCGAAUACACAAGAGGCCUUGUGACUUCUUUCAUUCCUUACACGUUUUUUUUUUCUUCAGCACGUCUUAAAAAAAAAAAAUGUUCUGUUCCCGACUGCCGCUGAUAUGAUUCCUGAAAUGUGAGACCAAGUUUGAGCUUUCAGUUUCUGCCUUUUCUCCCCUUUUCUCCCAUGACCUCCCGACCUCUAGUAAAAGACUACACGUCAAAGGCACCAUUAUGAUAAGCACGCAACCGUGCCCUCGCCCAGUGGCUUUUAUCUCGACUUGGUACAUCCCGGCCCCCUGCUUCCAACACUGUGAGUCACUCACAUGCGUAACAAUAGAUAGCCUGGCCUAGCAGACCUUCAUACGUGACACCUGUUAUCUAAAAGGUCACCAUUACCAACUACGAGAGCCUCCACAUCCGCACAAUGGAACAGAUACGGCAGGCCGACCUAUUUAUUCACGACAUGCAUGACAUUUUUCACAAUAAAAUGCUGAUUAUUGCUGUUAUUUAAUCAUUUUGUAGGUUGGAUGCGCAUUCCACAGUUUGCUUUGUUAUGACUUUGAUUGUUUCUCUGUAUUCAUUUUCUUAUUUCGCUUGAGUUGAUGUUGAAAUCAUAUAUCUUUGUGAAGGAAUAUGCCUUUUCUACUUUCAAUAAAUUUAUUUGAAUGACA